AUGUCUAACAGUUCAGACGACGAACUAAAAUGCUGGUUAAAAUCCGCUUUAAAAGGGGAGAACCUUGUCGACUUUACAGUGUCUCGCUUGGGAAACACGGAAAAAGGCGAAGGAUACAUGGGUGAUAUCGUGUUCGUGGAAGUAUCAGCAGAAACUUCGGAUCGCUUGCCAAAAAUUUAUAAUUUAGUGUUAAAAUGUAGCAAGAGAAGUCCAGCUUUACGAGAAUCCAUGCCGGUGCAAGCCGUAUUUGAAAAUGAAAUGCAUUUUUACGAGAACGUCAUUCCUGCUUUCACGGAGUUUCAAAAAAAGAGAGGCGUGAGUGAAGUGUUUAACAGUGUGCCGAAAUAUUACGGAAGUUACGUGGCGGAAGAUAUGGAAGUGGAGGUUUUUGAAAAUCUAACAACCAAAGGGUAUUAUUUAUGUGACCGAAGAGUACCGCUUCCGACAAACAAUCUAAAAUUGAUUCUCCGAGAGUAUGGUAAACUUCAUGCAAUUUCCGCUGCAAUGCAGGAUCAAGAACCUGAGCAGUUCAAACUAUUGAUUGAUGAAAUAAGAAACGUAUGGAAAAUGUUCGCUGACAAACACGACAUGGAAACAUAUUAUGGAGCACCAAUUGACGAAGUACACGAGCUGCUGAAAACCAGUUUACCUGAAACCACUGCCGAAAAAUUGAAGAAAUUUAAAACACAAAUAAAUAGUAUCAUAAAGGACGUGAUCGAGGAUCCGAAGACUUUUUCUGUGAUAGGUCAUGGCGACUGUUGGAAUAAUAAUUUUAUGUUUCAGUUGAAGGUUAGUAGAUUUUUAGAAAUUAUUAUUUCUUAA